GUAUUUCAUCUUGAAGCAUAUAAGGCAUUAAACGUCGGACAGGUAGACUGUGUCCCGAUAAAACAGAAAACCUGCUACAGGGAUUUAAUUACCUGACUUCAUUAAGCAAGGUGUUUGACACUGCAGUGACCAGCAAUGGAGAACAAUAAUUACUUAUCUGUGCCUGAUGAUCACUAUUCUGCAGCUAUUGACUUUUCCAAUGCAUGCAGGGAAUUUUACAUCAACAGGAAGAAAGCGACUGAAAGUUUUAAGGAGCAGAUGAAAGAGGAAGAGAAAAGUAAACAGGAGAAAGUGCUGCAGAGGAAGAGAUCGUCCAUAGAUGUAGCGAUGGAGACUCUCAGAAAAGAAAUGGCCUCUCUAAUGGACCAAGAUCUGUGUCUGAUGAAACAGCUACUGACUCUGAACGAGACGAUAGAAGACAUCAAGACGCGGAGAUGGUACAGCGCCAGCCAGAACUCGCUCCAGGCGAGCUCAGUAAACCUGAGGGGCAGUGACGACUCGCUCUCAGAAACCGACAUGUACGCCCCAGACGAAGGGAUUCUGGACGUCAAAGAAUCAAUCCUCACCGUACCCAAAAUCCACAUCGAAUCGGCGGAUCAAGUGAAAUCUAUUGACGAGGUGAAGGAUAAUUUUGUGCAAAAAUCAAAGUUUUUGGACACCAAGAUGUCGGUGAAUGGUAAAUCAGUUCAUAUUGUGCACGGAGCACAAAGUUCUGUGGACUCGGGUUAUGGAGAAUGUGACUUUCUGUACCAGAAGGACAUAGAAGUGACUUUGUAAAUAUUGACCAGUGUAUUGGACACCAGGCCGGCGGUCAAUCCCAGACACAUUACAGCCACUGUUAUGUAACCCUCCCAUAAUCUCCAUGACAGAAUCUAAUCUCAAUGCCCGGUGUGCUCUACUUCACAGACGGACCACUCAAGUCUCCAGAGAAUUAUAUUUGACUUUAUUCCAAAUAAAGAACUUGCCGGCCAUAUGGAUUACUUGUUACUCGUGUCCAAUUUGUCUAGUUGUGAAAAUUUACAAACAGAACUGUCCGCUGUGAACUGAAAAUAACUUAGCAAUGAGUGAUUCGUCAAUAUUCAUAAAAGCUGAGCCAGUAUUAUGCAACUUAUUCUAGUCAAUUUCUCAUUCAUGCCAAAAGUGAAUUCUUA